UACGCUCAAUCCUUGAAAGAGUGUUCCAUUUUGUAAUUUAAUAACUUUCAGAUUUGUUUUGUCUGUUUCUUAUUUAAGUGUAAGAGAAUUGAGAAAGUAAUAAAGGGCAAAUCUUUUUGUGUAAGUUAUUGAGUUUUUGAAAGUUGUGUUUUCUUCUCUAAUGAUGAUGAUGAGUUGCCGUUUGGCCAAAAGCUAUGGUUUAAUCAAAUUAUUGUUGAGUAAUAAUAAUAAUGGGCGUCGUCUUCCGGCUGAUGGGUUCUCUGCGUUUCACAGUUGCUUCACCACGAGGAACAGAUCCAUGUCUGCUUCUUCCUCCUCUAAUCCCAUGUCCCGUGACGAGGCAACCCUGCUUCCGUCUGUUCAAGACAAGUACGGUGGCGUGAUGACCGAGAUGUCUCAUCCCAUGGAUCCUUCUCUCUUCUCCACACUUCUCCGAUCCUCUCUCUCUACCUGGACUCUUCAGGGCAAGAAGGGAGUGUGGAUCAAAUUGCCAAAGCAGCUUAUCGGUCUUGCUGAAACUGCUGUUAAGGAAGGAUUCUGGUUUCAUCAUGCGGAGAAAGACUACUUGAUGCUUGUGUAUUGGAUUCCCAAAGAAGACCAUACGCUUCCUGCCAAUGCAUCUCACCGUGUUGGCAUAGGUGCCUUUGUCAUUAACCACAACAGAGAGGUGUUGGUGGUUCAAGAGAAGACAGGGAGAUUUCAAGGCCAAGGUAUCUGGAAGUUCCCCACCGGAGUUGUGAAUGAGGGUGAAGACAUCCAUGAUGGCUCAGUCAGAGAGGUGAAAGAAGAGACCGGAGUGGAUACAGAAUUCGACCAAAUAUUGGCCUUCAGACAAACACACAAAGCGUUCUUUGGAAAGUCAGAUUUGUUCUUCGUGUGCAUGUUAAAGCCCCUUUCUUUGGAGAUCAAUGCACAGGAGUCAGAGAUUGAGGCAGCUCAGUGGAUGCCUUGGGAGGAAUACAUAAAGCAACCAUUUGUACAGAAUUAUGAGCUAUUGAGGUACAUGACAGAAAUUUGCUCUGCUAAAACCAACGGAGACUACGAAGGUUUCACUCCUCUCCGCGUCACCGCACCUGAUCAACAAGGCAACUUGUACUACAACACCCGCGACUUACAUUCGCGCAAUUGACCUUCUUGCUCAACAAACAGAGCAUUCCUCACAGAUUCUAACGAAGCUGGUUUCUUUGCUGCCUCUCUAUGUAAGCAUUUUGACACUUGAAUCACUACGUAGCUCUCACCAAAACAUAAAGACAUCCCUAAUGAAAACAUUUGCAUUCAAUGCUAUCCAAAUCCAAUACAAUGGCUUUAGUUACAUACAA